GGAAGCCUGGAAUUUGCCUGUUCUUGUUAGCAGUUUGUCCUUAGCCAAGGUAAAAGUUGUUUCUAGGAGCUUCCACACUGCCUUUAUCAGGUGACAAGUUCCUGGGUGAUCUUGAAGUUUUUUCCAACCUAAAAAAUUCCAUGUUUCUCCUGGGAAUGUUUAUUUGAGUCAAGUCUUCAUAGCCAAGACAGACACACAAUACUGGGAUUUUUCCCUCCUCACAUCAGUAACUAAACCAUUUAACAGAUGAAAUAUUUUUUAUUUUGACACAGGUUUGUUUUUUUGUUUUCCCUCAGCAGCAGAGAAGGGAAAAGAAGGACAAUUUGGGGGGUUUGUUUUAGGGCUGUUAGCCCAGCUGAGGAAAGGGAAUGUUCAAAUGGUAGGAAAAGUGGUUUAAACUCAAAACAGAGGAGACAGCUGCUCUAAAUGCCCUUGGGUUUGGUUGUUUGCCCCUGCAGGAGGAGCUGUACCUGAAGCACGUGGAAGAACUGGACAACAUCACCAGCGAGAGGGACAAAUUCAGAGAGGCCUUUGAAGAGCUCAGGAAACAGAGGCUGAAUGAAUUCAUGGCAGGAUUUAAUGUCAUCACCAACAAGCUGAAGGAGAACUACCAGAUGCUCACGCUGGGAGGGGAUGCUGAGCUGGAGCUUGUGGACAGUCUGGAUCCCUUCUCAGAGGGAAUCAUGUUCAGUGUGCGGCCUCCCAAGAAAAGCUGGAAGAAAAUCUUCAACCUGUCAGGAGGAGAGAAGACCCUGAGCUCCCUGGCCCUGGUGUUUGCCCUUCACCACUACAAACCCACCCCUCUGUAUUUCAUGGACGAGAUCGACGCCGCCCUCGACUUCAAGAACGUCUCCAUCGUAGCAUUUUACAUCUAUGAGCAAACCAGAAACGCCCAGUUCAUCAUCAUCUCCCUGAGGAACAACAUGUUUGAGAUUGCAGACAGAUUAAUUGGGAUUUAUAAAACCCAAAACACCACCAAAAGUGUGGCCACCAACCCCAAAAUCCUGGCUGUGAAAGGACUGAAGGAACUUGGUCUCCCUGAGUGCAGCGUAGCCCAAAAAUAGGGAGGAAGCAACUUCCAGCCCAUGGCUGCUGUUUAUUUUUGUCUGAUCUCAUUUUGUAUUGUAGACUUGGUGUUGUUUUAUAAAUUUUGUAAAAAAUUUAUAUUCUUAAUAUAAACCCAGCCUCAAUAAAUUCCACUUUUUUGAA